AUGCCUUUCACCCCAGAUAAUUCCUUUAUCGUACGUUCAAGAGAGUACGGCGACGGCUCCGAGUUCAACAGCAGCGACGAUACCCUGGAUAUUAUUCCAGACCACUAUGUUAAACGGCUGUGGCGACGUCCAGCUGUUCCGAAUGUCAAUGGAGGUCUGAAGGACGUUUAUAUCAACAAGAGUCCAAAUUCUCGGGAUAGGUCUGUGGCAUUCUCGACGGUGGAGGAAGGGAACCUAUUUUUGGUGAGUAAAGGAGAUGGUGACGAAAUUUUCAUGAGAGUGGAAUGGGAGGGGUCCAGCCUGAAGUCUAUGGAACGCAGUAGCAUUACCAUGGACAAUCGGACGACGGCCAUACGAGACUUUUUGAAGGCCAGUGCGAAUCUACUUUCCUCUUCGCAAAGCCGUUCAUUUGUCGGUCCGGAUCAUCUCGAAUACAAGUGGAAGGUCGUCUAUUGUGGUCACAAUCCUGCCUAUCCAGACUCUAGGUAUCUCGAGCUUCGCGUGAAGGAUUCAAAGGUCCCCAUUGCCUCUAGCGCGAGAUUGACCGCUCGAGACGGAGCUUUCCAGGACGAAGCACACCCUAUCUAUCUCGCCGAACGUGGGCUGCAGAUGAUACCAUGGAUUGUUGCGACUCAUGCAUUGGCAGAGAAACUCCUGAAUGCAUCAUAG